UCGAAGGAAAGAAGGGCUUGCACGGGAUCCGCUGUCUCGGUCGCAAGUUGCGUCCAAGGAUCCAAUCACUUCGCCCUCUGCCGCACGCGCGCUCCUCGUUCGAACUGUCCAUCGAAUUCCGCUAGACUACCGCCCCGACGAUCGGUCGCGCAGCAUGGAAUGAACCAAGCAUUUGGCGAUGGUGUGGUUUUGUUCUGCGGAUUUCUGCGAUCGAGCGGGUAGUAGAUGAGAUGAGAAGCACUGAGUGGAGUUUGUCCUUGCGCUGUGGUUCAGGGUCAGAGCGCGGGAAACCCCGUGAAGAAAGCAUCCCUUUAUUCUUUGAAAAGAUUUGGAAAUCAUCAGCUUUUGCCGAAAGAAAGAUUUGCAUCGCUGGCUGUUCAAGAAGUUGUUACUCGCGGAUGAAACUCGAGCUGUACCGAGGCAUAUCCGUGUGAGAUUUCUCACGUCCGACACUUACUAAAAUGGUGGAAAUACUCGUGGAGUACUGGUGACGGGCCUGAGGGCAUGACGUGAAGAAGAGAUCCAGGACUCGUACCCAGGCGAUUGAUUAGAAGGCGUUGCUUUCGACGAGAUCAACGCCUUCUUUAGCGAAGUAUCUAUUCUGACUCUGGGUAGCCAUUGAAGUUGAGAAAAAUGAGGCAGGCAGCCGGCGAUGCCUUGCGCCAAGCAUUUAUGUCUAAGGACGAUUAUGAGUUGCUCCGGGAAGAGGAACGGGCAUGGAGGAGACUGGCAAGGCCCUGUUUGAUGACAGUCGUCGUGAUAAUCUGGACCUGCGUGGUCAUUGCUUCAGCAAUCAUGAUAGAUGUUGUUUUUGCCGUGACCGAUCAGGAGUGGCCUUUUUGUCAAAAGAAGAGAUUGGAGAGCUUGCAAAUCGAUCCUGAUCCUGUUAUGAACGGAGAUUCACGGGCAUCUUAUCUGCUCACAGAAGAGGAGGCGGCUCAGUACUUUUGGAUCGUUGUGUUCUUGCCUACGUCCAUUGUGUUUGGGGUUGCCGUGGUCUAUCUUUUUGCAGGUAUUUCUGUUGCCUACUCAGCUCCUGAAAGGCAUUCGUGCCUUCAAGUUGUGGAGAAUAACUGCUGCGCAUCUCGACGUGGUGGUGUACGGUGCCUUGCCACUCUGAACAUUUCAUUCGUGGCCGUGUUCGUACUCUUGGCCUUGUUUCUUGGAUCCAGUAUUCUUACGCUGGAAACGGAAUGUUCUAUUGCCCUUUUUUGGUGUUAUGAGGUCGUUUGCUGGGGUACCUCAAUAUUGCUGGCCGGGACUGCCUUCUUUCUGCGACGCAAGGCAGCUGUAAUUAUGGAUGCUGGGGAGUUUUAUGGAUCUCACUUGCGAGGCGUGGAGCUUCUUGAGGCACCUGUUUCUGACGAACCAGACUCCGUGAUAGAGAAGAGGAUUGCUGAUGGCUUUAAGUCUUGGUCUGGAGUAGGGGACUCGGACGACGAAGAAAUAGGUCAAGGGGUGCACACUGGUUUGGAUGAUGUAUGGGAAGAGGAUGAUGAUGAGGCAUAUCCCGUCCCCGCGGAUAUCAUGAAACAUAGAAUUGGAUAAUUUGUAAGACUAGGUGAUUGCUGUAGCAUAGCUACUGCAUUUUUUGUACAGGGGUUUCUCGGGUGAAAGCUUCAAGGCCAUGGCUCAACAUCGAUUCCUCACCAACGCUAGAAAUAGUGGCAUCAUGAGCAGAUUGUACAAUCAGAUGAAGAGUCUAACGUCAGAGUAGGUAGCAGGAAUGGUUUGAAGGUAUCUUUGGUGAUAAGGAAGCUUUUAGAGUUCUGGAUAUCUUGUCUCGAUAUGUAACCCAGGUCUUUGCAUGCCGUGCAGGACAUGUUUGGGUCUGGAUCUAUAGAGAGCCAGCCCCUGAUGAGAAUUGUCAUGGCUUGAUUGACGGCUUGACUGUGUCCAGCUCGUGAGACAUCUUGGUAGAGUUUUUUCUUGGACUAGGACUGGCCUGGUUGUUUCUCUUCAUAACGGGUCUGAGCGUGUACUGUAUGUAAACUGAUCAAAUCAUUACAGAAUUUACAGCUAAACGUUUGAAGAUACUCUGGUGUACAUGC